AUGAUUAGAUUUUUCGUACAAACACUAUUACAAGAUGGACCAAAUAUACUAUUAGUAGAUACCUUACUCAAUAUCGAUAUUACAUCUACCAUGACAGAUUCAGAACUUGAUGCUCUUCGUGCUAAACGUUUAGCUGAAUUACAACAACAACAACAUGUUGGAGGUAAUAAAAAUGAUCAAAAUACAGCUGAAGAACAACGACAACAACAAGAAGAUAUGCGUAAUACAAUGUUAAGUUCAUUAUUAACACAAGAAGCACGUGCACGUUUAAAUACAAUUGCAUUAACUAAACCAGAAAAAGGACGAAUGGUUGAAGAUAUUCUUAUACAAAAUGCUCGACGUGGUGCUUUUGGUGGUAAAAAAGUUAAUGAAGAACAAUUAAUUGGACUUUUAGAACAAGUGAGCAAAGCAACAGAAAAAACAACUAAAGUUAAUUUUGAUCGACGACGUGCUGCACUUGAUUCUGAUUCAGAUUAA